GUAGCGGAAGGCUGCGAUGAAAACAAAGCGACGCGCACAAAUCUCCGUUCAAAUUGUAGCAAUUUAGAGAAAAUUGUGCCUCUCUGGAACAAUAUUUGCCUAAAUUGGGACUAACUUUACAUUUUAGCUCACUUAGAGUCACUAGUUAGCUCUAUAAAACGCUUAUAAUUACAGCUAACGACACCAAAAAUAUUAGUUAGCCGCUAGUGUUAGCUGACAGUUUAGCUUCUGCAGCUAAUUCUGACGUAGCUCGAGUUUAGCGACAACUCAAAAAAAGCCAAAAAAAUGUCGGAAGAUUAUGAAUUCAGCGACGAUCCAACCACGAUGAGAAUGGAGGAGGACGGAGAGGCGAACAGCGAUGACCCGAUGUCCGCGGCCGGGGACGGGGGCGCGAUGGGAGGCGAGGCCGAGGGAUCGAGAAUCGACGCCAGCAAGAACGAGGAGGAUGAAGGGAAGAUGUUUGUCGGAGGGCUCAGCUGGGACACGACCAAGAAGGACCUGAAAGAUUACUUUUCCAAGUACGGGGAGGUCGUAGAUUGCACAUUAAAACUGGACCCCAUGACCGGCCGCUCAAGGGGCUUUGGCUUUGUGCUCUUCAAAGAACCUGAAAGUGUUGACAAGGUUGCCACACAGAAGGAGCACAAACUCAACGGGAAGGUCAUUGACCCCAAAAAAGCCAAAGCCAUGAAGAGCAAAGAGCCUGUGAAGAAGAUCUUUGUCGGCGGUCUCUCUCCAGACACUCCCGAGGAGAAAGUCAGAGAGUACUUCGGUGCCUUCGGAGAGGUGGAGUCAAUUGAACUUCCCAUGGAGAACAAAACAAACAAAAGGAGAGGCUUCUGCUUCAUCACGUUCAAAGAGGAGGAGCCGGUUAAGGCCAUCAUGGAGAAAAAGUACCACAAUAUCGGACUAAGCAAGUGUGAAAUCAAAGUGGCGAUGUCCAAGGAGCAGUACCAGCAGCAGCAGUACUGGGGAGGCCGAGGCGGAUACUCCUCCAGGUCUCGAGGACGAGGCGGUGGUCCCAAUCAAAAUUGGAACCAGGGUUAUGGCAACUACUGGAAUCAAGGCUAUGGGAAUUAUGGCAAUUAUGGUUACAGUAACCAAGGAUAUGGAGGAUAUGGUGGCUAUGAUUACCCCGGAUACAACAACUAUUAUGGAUAUGGUGACUACAACAAUCAAUCUGGUGGAUACGGCAAGUCGCCACGGCGUGGCCACGCCAACAGUUACAAGCCGUAUUAACGGAGGAAACUCAUCCUUAAGUAGGUAUGUAAAGACAAAAAAUACACCUCUUACUUUAAAGUUAAAGUAGUUAUAUUUAAUUUGCUGUUUGGUAACAUUAUGUAUAAUUUCUUCUUGUAAAUUUCUUUUUCUCAGCACCCUCAAGUGCUUUACAGUAGUGGUAACAUAGAGGCUACACGAUUAUGUUAACAGCCGGCCUUCUGCUGCCUCUUUUGCACCUUCUUUUUUCUUUUUCUUUUUAACUGUAAAGUUAACAGGUAAAGUACUACUACUACAGUAAAUGGAUGCCAAAGUUAAGGAUGUGCAAAGGAAACAGAAAAGGAAGUAUGUUGUCUCCUAACUCUGACAUACCUUGUUUGUACCUGCCAGCGGAGCUUCCUUGCAGGCCAUGAGCUGACUCCCAGAUACUCUCAGGGCCCGCUCAAUGCGGACCGGGUACGAGAAGCAUACGCUCUCGAAUGCUGCCAUUUGGUAUGGUCUUACAACAUCCUGUAUCAGCAUUUCUAAACUAAACAAUAUGGGACACGUCCAGCUUUGUCAUCUUUCUUUCCAUUUUAAUUUCUUUGCGAAUGUUUGUAAUGUAAAAAAAAAAAAAUUAAAUAUACACAUGUAAUUGUCAUUUUUUACAGGCCCUUACUCCCCCACAAGUAAUGAUUAUAAUUAUGAAAAAAUAACUAUUUGCUUUUCAAAGGAUACGUACAGCUUGCUCUGGACUUUCCAGUUCCUAUUGUUAACACACAUGCAUUGCUAAUCUUAUCUAAAAUGCUUGUUUCUUUAUUUAGCCAGUAGUCCAUGAGCUAAAACCUGGUUUUGGACGAGACUGUGUUGGGGGGAUAAAGUGCUUUUACUUUGUGUACAUGUAUUGCUCUGUUUUGUGUUACUCACAGCGAUGGAAAAGACUCCUCUUUUGUUAAUUUUCCUGUAACAAAUUUUCCUCUUACUGUAAAACAAGAAGUUUCCGGCAUGUAAUGCUUUCUUUAAUGUGUACUUUAUUUUUUUUGACCAAUCGAAGGUUUCUUCCAUUUAGUAUUUUGACUUCAGGAUUUCUAGCUUAUGGACUAACUUUUUUUUUUUAAAGUGUAAAAUGUUAAAAUAAUUUGUUUUUUCUUAUUGUUUUUUUUCUUUAAACAUUGGACAUAAUAAACACGGGGGAUUCCUUUUUUGUUUUUGUGAUGUGAGCGUUUUUAUUCGUCUUAAGGCUGAUUUGUUUUUGUUUGUUUCCCAUAGGUUUCAGAGUGAUGAAAAGCAGCAGCGGGCUCGCCGAGAAUUGGCCAGAGAGAUGAUGGUUUCCAGCAAAGAUCACUAAGAUGAUCGUUAAAACUAAAAGAAGAGCUCUAUGACCUACUUUAUAUUUCCUCUAUAUUUACCAGAGUAUUUGUUGUACCUUAAAAAAAAAAAGUUUGGGUGUUUUGCAUUUAUUUAGAUUGCGGCAAAGUUUCCUCAUCCUUUGCUUUUGUUUUUGUAUUUAAUGUUCUCAAAUGCUGUUUGUGGGUUUUUGCUUCAUUUAUUACAUAACUUAAAUGUUAGCUUGGUUGCAAAAAAAUCACACUUAUAUCCAGUUUUGUGGUAGCGAAGAAUGCAUACAAUGUUAUCCUCUUUAUCUUAGUCAUCAGUCAUAUAAUACAUAUGUUAUUACAGAGUCUGACAGUCAUGAACAUACAGUAUAUACAGGUAAUUGGACAAAAAAUAAAAAUAAUGAAAAGUUAA